AUGGAUGCGCCGGCAACACCUGUCUUACCGACUAGUGAUGAAUAUCCAGAAAUUCCUAUUAUCGAUGAUAACGAGAGUCUUGCCGAUAUUAUUCGAAAAUUACGGAAUUUCCUCAAUGUAGCUGUACCUGAUGUUGCGUGUACAUUUGAGCAGCUGAGAUCUUCUGCGUAUGGAUACAAGCUCCGGCUCCUCAUAGGCUCUCUGGCUGAGAAUUCCCACAAUCCUCGCAUUGUCUCCGCUUUGAUGAUCUUGAAAUGGCAGUUAAACAAUGAAGACAGCGACUCAGAUUGGGGGUUGAACGAAAGUCGAGGUUAUGCGUGUGAAUACAUUGCCUGGCAGUUUCUUUGUCAUCUCACGCGACGGGAGAUGAUAGAUGUGCUGCUUGAGGAGCUUCCAUCUCCCAGGCGAGAUUCCGCAACAAUCUCACAGGCCGAGCAAGGUGCAUCCGGACUUGGAUCAGUCUCCCAUGAAGAUGAGGGCAACGAAACGGAAGGCGAAAGGACUCCCUUAUUGUUGAGCUCUUCCUCGUCCCUCUAUCGAUUAUUUGUCGGCAAAAGCCACCAAGGUGACUCCUACGCUGGGGACAAUCGGGGAUCUCGGGGCUGGUAUUAUGAUGACCCCGAACUUCAUUCCUUCUCACCUUUUUUUGGUCUCAACGCUCUGGAAAUUGCAACAAUUGCCCAUGCUAAAAAGUUUCUCAGCCAGAAGGCUGUUCAAAGGGUGAUAGACGAUAUCUGGAAUGGGGAGAUUGUUUUUUGGGACUCAUUGAGUGUACAUUCCAAGAAGAAGCCUCAGUUUUUCAACAAAAGGACUGCCGAUCCAUACUCAAGAUUAAGGGUUCCAAUGUAUCGAAAAGCGUUUGAAGCCGCCUUUUUUGUUUCUUUCUUGUUCCUAUACUACGCAGUCCUUGUUGAGAGAAAACCUACCGGCAUAGGCAUUUUCGAGACGUUGAUGUAUGUGUGGAUAGCUGCCUUUGCCUAUGAUGAACUGAGUGGCAUGGUCGAUGCGGGGAUGCUCUUCUACCAGAUGGAUUUUUGGAGCCUCUGGGACAUGGGCAUCAUUGCCAUUGGGCUUGUCUUUGUUAUCGCGCGUGAGUCAUUCGCCCCUGUAGCAAUACCUUGGCCAGCUCCGGCGAAGGCGACAAGUAUGCAUCGCUUUUUUUUACGUCUCCUUACUGAUCUGGGUUCGCAGGUAUCGUUGGACUGGCCAAAAGUAGCGAUUAUAUUACGGACUUAUCAUUCGACAUACUGUCAUUGGAAGCUUUGUUUUUGGUUCCAAGGCAAGGCUUCAGCCACGAUCGACUAUUGA